AAUUUCUAUAUCCCACUACAAAACAGUAUACAAAUAUUCGUGAAUUAAUAAAGGAGAAACAAAAGCAAGAACUAUGUACAUCUUCGUGUAUUUUGCCGCACUCUUCGUGGUCUCUUGUAAUGCUGUCUUUCCUGUGUUGGAUUCGGCUAACAUUAAGGUCGACCCUGUUUGCAAGCGGCGCAACCAGUACGUUAGCAUUGACGGGAACUGUGACUCAUACAUCGAGUGCAGAGAUUACCACGCUAUUGACAGAGAAUGCCCAGAUGGCCUUCACUACAACGUUGACGCAAAAUGGCCUCAAUAUCCCUGCGGCUACCCCUCUGAUGUUCCUUGCAGAGGAAGGGGUAUUCAAAAGGCUCCUGAGCCAACUGCGGACUGUCCUCACCAGUUCGGCUUCUUCCCAUCUCCUCUGGCUCAAGCAAACGACUGUGGCCAUUACCGUAUGUGUGUAGGCGGUCGGGCCUUCGAAAUGUACUGUCCCACUGGACUAUCAUUCAGCCCUGACACUGGCCGCUGCGACUGGCCUGAGAACGUUCCAUCUUGCAAAAUAUCCUCUUUCCUCGGUUACGAAUGCCCGCCAGCAACAUACGACGAAGAAGGCUAUCCAAUCAUCACUAACCACAAAUACGGCAACAACUGCUACGCAUUCUACAUGUGCGAGUCUGGGAAGGCUCGUUUACUCUCUUGUGAUCCCGGGUUCGCCUUUGAUGAAGUCAGCGGUCACUGUGUGGAUGAGGACCUCGUUCCUUGUCAUCUUAAAGUAGAAGAAGCAAUUCCUCUUUAAUAAAACUCCUGCCUGUUAUUGUCUAUAUUUGUUAAGAUUAAUUAUAAUCUAUAAGGACGGACGUAACAUUUUGAAUUAAUAAAUGAAUU